UCACAGGAUCACUCGGUCACAGCAUUGGAUACCCACAUCACCGUGUACUGUACUGAUAGUCCUGCUAGUCCAAUCGUACACCAGUCUGGGCACUCCAGGGCCCAUCACACACGCACACGCACACACACUAACACGCCACAAUGAACUCGUCGCAGACAAUAGCACCGGAAACCACCUUCGUCCGGGUUCACGCAAACCCUGGGACGAGCCUCCUGGCUCCACCUCGCGCCCCCUGAGUUUAGGGCCUCCACACCGCGAGCCUCCCCCGCAACCCCACCUGGGUCGCUUCAACUCACCAAGCAUAACCCAAUAACCACGAUGCCGGAAGGGGAACCCAAAGUCAAAGUUCAUUCGUGGCCCUGGGAGCUGUGGGAAACGUAACCUAACACUGAAAAUGUCCAGGUCUUCGAGGGCAGCCCGUGGGGCAACGGACGGAGACUCCUGGGAGUCCCAGGGUGCGCGGAUCGCUCCUCCUCGGCGGCGGGGGCUUGCAGCUGGCGCUUCGUCAGCAGCCGAAGGGCCGGGUGAUGGUUUCUUGGAAGCGAGGAGUCUCGGGCGGACCUAGAGCCCAAGCCGAGGAAGUGAUCGCAAACCUGGGCGGGAGAAAGGGAAACAAGGAAGCGGAAGCCUGCUGGGGGCGGGGCGGGAAGACGGAAGCAGCUUGUGUCCGGGAGGACCGGGGGAGAACCGGAAUCCCAGACCCAGGAGCGUUGAGGAGAAAAGAGGGAAUCAGGAACCUGGUCGAGGAAACCUGGGAGGGAAUCGGGAAUUCCCUGCUGAGGGAGGUCGAGCCAAGAAGGGCUGAAGAGGAAACCGUAGUUUGGGCGGAAAUGGCCGCAGCGAGACCUGGGAGCCGGUGCCCGUCGAGUCUUCUCUUCACUCAGGCCUGUAUGUGCGGGAUCCCAGAUCGGUGGUCGUGAACCAGAAGGAUUCUUCCCUUUUCCAAAAGAAAGGCUCAAAAGAGAAGGUUCAUCUCUUGCAAAUCUCAAAGCCAUGCCUCAGGAUGAACUAGAGUAUGCCCUUACAGGGAUCAGUGUCAUUCAAGGAUGUGACUGUGGACUUCACCCAGGAGGAGUGGCAGCAACUGGAUCCUGCACAGAAGGCCCUCUACAGGGAUGUCAUGCUGGAAAACUAUUGCCACCUAAUCUCUGUUGGGUUUCACAUGACUAAGCCUGAUAUGAUCCGCAAGUUGGAACAAGGAGAAGAACUAUGGACAACGGAAAGAAUUUUUCCAAGUCAAAGCUACCUUGAAGAAGAUGGGAAAACUGAAGAUGUUUUAGUGAAGUUCAAAGAAUAUCAAGACAGGCACUCUAGAUCAGUCAUAUUCAUCAACCACAAAAGACUAAUUAAGGAAAGAAGUAAUAUUUUUGGAAAAACAUUUACUGUAGGCAAGAACCGUAUUAUUUCAAAAACAACACUACGAGAAUAUAAGUCUGAUGGAAAGGUUUUAAAAAAUAUUUCAGAAUUAGUCAGUAGAAAUAUAAGCCCUGUAAGAGACAAAUUUGCUGGUGAAAGUAAUGGAUGGGAGAAAUCAUUCAUCAAUACUAAGAAUGAGAAAAUUCAUUCUACGGUGAACCUCUAUAAACAAACAGAAAGGAGUCUGAGUAGUAAACAAGAGCUUAUUCAGCAUCAGAAGGUUCCAACUUCUGAGCAAUCGUUAGAUGAUAAUGAAUGUGAAAAAUCCUUCCUUAUGAAAGGAAUGUUAUUUACACAUACUAGAGCUCACAGAGGAGAAAAACCCUUUGAAUACAAUAAAGAUGGAAUAGCCUUAAUUGAAAAGUCAAAUCUCAAUGCCCACUCACAAACUCUUAUUGAGAAGAAACCCCAUGCAUACAGCAAAUAUGGAAAGUUCCUCUGCAGGAAGUCUAUUUUUAUCAUGCAUCAAAGAUCUCAAACAGAAGAAAAACCCUUUCAGUGUCCUUACUGUGGGAAUAGCUUUAGACGGAAGUCAUAUCUCAUUGAACAUCAACGAAUUCACACAGGUGAGAAACCUUAUGUUUGUAAUCAAUGUGGGAAAGCUUUCCGUCAAAAGACAGCCCUCACUCUUCAUGAGAAAACACAUAUAGAAGGGAAGCCCUACAUCUGUAUAGAUUGUGGGAAAUCCUUCCGGCAGAAGGCAACUCUCACUAGACAUCACAAAACACAUACAGGGGAGAAAGCCUAUGAAUGUACUCAAUGUGGAAGUGCUUUUAGAAAGAAGUCAUACCUCAUUGAUCAUCAGAGAACUCACACAGGAGAGAAACCAUAUCAGUGUAAUGAAUGUGGGAAGGCAUUUAUCCAGAAGACAACCCUCACUGUACAUCAGAGAACUCAUACAGGAGAGAAACCCUAUAUUUGCAGUGAAUGUGGGAAGUCCUUCUGCCAAAAGACAACCCUCACUCUCCAUCAAAGAAUUCAUACAGGGGAAAAACCCUAUAUUUGUAAUGAAUGUGGGAAGUCCUUCCGCCAGAAGGCAAUCCUCACUGUUCAUCAGAGAAUACAUACAGGAGAGAAAUCCAAUGGAUGUCCUCAGUGUGGGAAAGCCUUUAGUAGGAAAUCAAAUCUCAUUCGCCACCAGAAAACUCACACAGGAGAGAAACCGUAUGAAUGUAAAGAAUGUGGAAAGUUCUUCAGUUGUAAGUCAAACCUCAUUGUACAUCAAAAAACUCACAAGGUAGAAACUAUGGGAAUUCAAUAAAGGAUAUGACUUUUUUGGUAAAAACUUUUAAAGUCAUAAGCCUUGUACAUGAUGUAAUUUGCAAGUGUAAUAAUAUUCAACCAUUUACGGUUUUAUUCCACAAGUUUACCUACUAUUUGUGACCCAGUAAUAAACAGUUGACCAACAGGCAGUGGUCUGUGGACCACACUGAGCAGAAGUGUUUUAAAAGAAGUGUGAACUGUAUUUCUCAUUGCAAAUAUGAAAGAAAAAUUAAUUGUUACCUCCUUAAAAUUUUCCACAGUUCUGAUGUCUAACAUUAUAAAUUAGGUUUUGCAUAUUAUGAACCUUUAUAUAAAUUGGAUUAUACAUCAUGUAUUCUUUUAUAUAUGGCUUGUUCAUUCAUCAUUAUGUCUGUAAAACUCAUCAUUAGUGCAUGCAGCAGAAGUUCAUUUAUUUCUAUUCUAUAUAGAAUUCCAUCAUAUGAUUAAAUUACAAUUUAUCCAAUCUACUCUUGAUGGACUUUUUAAUUGUUUACAGCUUAGGGUCAUAAUAAAUAAUGCUUCUGUUAA